UAGAAGUGCUCACUGUGAGUUCAGUGCUGAAAGCCUGGAGCUGAGUGAACCUCUAGUUUCUGGAACUUCUUAUUGUGGGCUGCAAAGGAUCCUUGGAAACCCUCAAGCAUCACAAUGGAGCCAGUGACCUUUGAGGAUGUAGCUGUGAAUUUCACCCCAGAAGAGUGGGAUUUACUGACUCCAUCCCAAAAGAAACUCUACAGAGAUGUGAUGUGGGAAACAUAUAUGAAUAUUACUAUGACACGAAAAAUAUUGCAUAACCUGCAAAUUAAAGAAGAGGACAAAAAUUGUUCAAGAAAUUUAAGAAGUGAUGAAGAUAAUUAUUUGAGAAUUGAAGAUCAGCAAUAUAAAUGUAUUGAAGUUGUAGAGACCUGCAGUGAUUUCCAGUCCUGUCAGAAGCAAUGUGGGAAAGCAUACAGUACCCUCAGUAACUGUCAAAGACAUAAAAACAUUCACAAUGGGGAGAAGCCCUGUGUAUGCAACAAAUGUGGGAAAGCAUUCACCACAGCCUCUAAAUGUAAAGCACAUGAUAAAACUCACACUGGGGAUAAACACUUUGUAUGUAAGCAAUGUGGGAAAUCUUUCACCCGAAAGUAUAACCUUAUUAUACAUGAAAGAAUUCACACAGGGGAGAAACCCCACACAUGUAAGAAAUGUGGGAAAACAUUCACCACAGCCUCUCAGUGUAAAGCACAUGAUAGAACUCACACUGGGGAGAAAUCCUUUGUAUGCAACAAAUGUGGGAAGGCUUUCAGUACAGUGGCUGGUUGUAAAUUACAUAAUAGAAUUCACUCUGGGGGGAAACCAUAUGUAUGUAAACAAUGUGGGAAAUCUUUCAUUCAAAAUGAUACCCUUAUCAUACAUGAAAAAAUUCAUACUAGGGAGAAACGCUUUGUAUGUAACCAAUAUUUAAAAUGUUUCAAUCAAAAUGUUAUCAUUAUUAUUCAUGAAAGUACUCACUGGGUAGAACCUCUAUGGAUACAACCAAUAUGGCAAAGCCUUCAGUAUGCAGAGGUGCUAAAAUAAACCCUGUCUAGGUAAGCAAUUUUAGAUGUCCUUAAGCUAUAGUAUUAGCUUUUGUGUAUAUAAAAGAAUUUGCUCUGUAGCAAAACCCUACCUAAAUUGAAAUGAGUAAGUGGAUUUGUUGAUAAAUUCACAGUUCAUGAAAGAUCUCACACUGGGGAAAAAACCUAUGAACAUAAGGAAUGUAGGAAAACUUUCCACAACUGGAGAGAUUGUAACUACAUGGAAUAACUCCCUCUGUGGAGUAAUUCUAUGCAUUUCAACAGUGGUUGACAGCAUUUAGUGCACAAAAAUGCCAUCAAAUAGGGGAAUAAUGCACACAAAGAAGAUAUCCUAUGUAAGUAGGCAGUGUGGAAAAGAUAUGCUGCAGUUCUUCCCUUUUCCAAACAUAAGAUUCCUUCACACUAGGGAGUAAACUACACAUAAAUACUUGGAAAAAGUACAGCUGACAGGUGCUAACUUGAGUGAUGUCAUAUUGUGACCCAAGCCUAUGUAUGCCUUCAGUAUACAUGGUUGGGAAAGCAUGUAGUAUACAUGGUUAUUGUCAAAGGUGAAAAUAAUCAUAAUUAAAUGAAUCAUAUAGAGGAGACCUGUAAAUAUAAAGUUAUUGCUGUUAAUAUGUUCAUAGAUUUUUUGAAAACACCCUCAAGCACAAUUAUCCAAAAAGGUUUUACUUUUUUAAAAAUCACAAGUAAAUAUCUGAUCUGUUUGUCUGCAGUCUUAAUAAAAGUAGUGUUUAAAGGUAAGUAUGCUGAGUCCUUUUUCCCAUGUUUUUGAUCCACCCAUGUUUUAUCUUGUAUGAUGCUCAAUUAUCUAAUAACCAUUUUUCCCACCAGAAUCUGUAACUCUUGUGUCAGUUUACCCAGAAUGAUGGAUACAUUCAUAUUCAAAAACGUGCUUGUAUUCAUGGCCUGUAUCUAUGUAGCCAUGCUUAUGGUAAGAUAUACUAUCACAAAAGCUAAAGCAGGCUCUGUCACUGUUAGAAAUAAGAAUGAACUUAAAUUGGUGAGAAAUUUUAUAUAUGCAUUAAAUGUGUAAAAAUGUUCAGUACACAAACAGGUUCUAAAAUACAUGAUACAACCCUCAAUAGUGAAAAACUUUAUGUAGGCAAACAAUGGAAAAUUGUUCAGUCAGUAUUGUAACCUUGCCCAUAAAAUUAUUUCACACUUGGGAGAAACCUUAUAUAAGAUAUGAUGAAGGCUCUGCUGAUAACCCACAUUUUCUAAAAAUAGAUGAUCCCACACAUAGAGAAACCUUAUGUAUGUAAGCAAUGUGGAAAUCUAGCAGCCAAACCCAUAGCUUGCAAAUGCAUCAAGGAAUUCACAAUGGGUGGAAACUCUGUAGAUAAGCAAUGUGGGAAAACAUUCAGUUCACCUAGUGACAAACACAUGAAAGAACCCACAAUAGGGAAAAUUAUAUGCAUAUAAGCAAUGCAGCAAAUGAUUCCACCACCAGUGCUUGUAAUGCCAUGAAAGAAUUCACACAAGGAAGUAACCCUAUUCUUUCCAACAAUGGAGAAAAGCAUUCAGAGCAAAAUAUUGUCAUCUAUUAAGGAAAUAAUGCACACAAGGGAGAAACCCCAUGAAAGUAGUCAGUGUGGGAAACUGUUCUCACAAAUUUUUCAUAUUACAAAUGCUAAAUUUCCCACACACUGGGGAGUAACUUUGUGAAAAAGAUGUAUUGAGAAAAAGUUUCUGCUGACAGAAAUGCGAGCCUCCUAAGUGAGGUCAUUUUGUGGCCAAUGUCUAUGUGUACCACAUGAGAAAGCACUCGGUGUACUUGCAUAUGGUCAAAUACAUGAAAGUCGGCACUAUGAAGAGAAAUUAUAUAUGUGUAAGUGACUAUUUUGAAAAUACUUUUCAAAUUAUUCGUGUAGUCAAAACCUGUAGAGAUACCAUAAAAAAUAAUGUCAAUAUAUAUUCAUAGAUUUUCCAGCAAUCACACUUGAAGUUAAAGAUAUCCUAAAGCAUAUUCAUUUUGUGUUUUGAUGUCAGACAUAACUAGCUGACCUGUUUGUCCAUAGUCUUCCUAUUAAAAAAAUCAUACUUUUUAAAGAUAAUUCACAGAUUUUGAAGGAUUUUCCAAACCUUUUUUAUCCAUGGGUAUCAUCUUGAUAGAUGACAUCUAUUUUUCUCACAAAUAACCUUUUCACUUCCAUAGACCUCCAGUUAUUUUCAUGAAGGAUCUGCACAAACAUAGUCAGAACGGUCCUUCACCAGGUUGUGAGAAAUGGAUUUAUAUAUGUAUGCUUAUGAUAAUCACAAAAGCAAAAGCAAAUUUAAAAUAUGUAAAUUGCAUUCAUGCCUGUUUCUAGUAUAUAAUUUAAGUGUUCAUCUUUGGAAGGCAUCGGUGUGUAUAAUACAUCUUGAGUUUGUUAUUGUGCCUUAACAUCCCCUAUUUACGUCUCUGCUCUGUUUCUUGCUCCUCUCCAUUUUUGAAAGAGGUAUGCUCCUACUGCCUAUUACACAUCAUGUAUUUUAUACAAAUUUAAACCCCAUCCCUCUUAUAUGAAGCCAGUCAUUUAUGAAUAGCAGAAUCCUGAAUAUGCAAGUGAAUCAGGAUGUCACACAAGUUCCUAGGGUUAAAAGGAAAAUUCAGGGAAUAUGAUUCCCAGAAUAGGAAGAGUAAGUGAUGGAAAUGAUGUCACAUCAUGACACCAGAAAGACAGUCACCAGUAUGCAAUAAAUAAGGUGAUAAUCACAAGUAUGUGAAUUAAAUGUAUGAGAAUUGUAGAAUUAGAUUUUUUUUUUUUUUUUUUUUUUGGUCUGAAACUGUCUUGCCGUGAAGUGAUCUUGGGCUCACUUUGUAGGCAGGGCUGACUUUAGGCUCACUCUGUAGUUCAGGCUGAUCUUGAACUUGCCACAAUCCUCCUGCCUUAACUAACCUUUCAAGUCCUGUGGUUACUGACAUGCACUACCCUGCCUAGGUUGUAGUGUUAGAUUUAUCUAGCAAAAAUUUCAUGGAGGGAUGACAAUACACCACUUUUGCCCCUCACUGUCCAGUCUUUGGGGCAUGGCACAGAUUAAACUCUCAUAGUCUCCUUUUAAGUGCAUGUUCCACAGUGGUGUUUUAGCAGUAUUUUAAGAUAUUAAAAUAAAAUUCAGAAAUGAAAGGUAACAAAGUCUGAAUCAUGUUCCAAUUUCAAUAGCAUAAAUAAAUCUCAUGUCACUUGGAUCCAUCAUGGAUCUCAUUUUCCUUCAUCAGGGAGCUAUCACUGUGAUGUUCACAACCUGACAAUGUUAAGUGCAAGGCAGGAUGAAAUACGAAGAGAAAGACAACACAUUCUCAGCAUUCUGAUUACACCAUAGAUAUUAUGCAAAUUUCUGUAUUUAGUAUCAUUGUACUUGUUUUUUCAUAUACAUUUUUCAAUAUAUGCCAAUAUAACUCUCCCUAUUGCAAAUAUACUUUGAGGCAGUUGUUAUUUCUGCACAUUCAAUCUUGAGGUUAAAUAUUGCCAACACUUUACUACAAUGUAGUUCCUAUAUUUAUUACCUUAUUUUAUGUUUUAUCAUGUUUUAAAUAAAGUGGU